CUUUAAUAGUGAAAUUAUGAGGACAUGGCAGCAGCUAAAUUUUGACUCCAUCUGGUUGUGACUUCACCAGAGUGCAGUAUUUGUUAUACUGUGAUACAGAUCAUCAUCAUCAAGAGACUUCGAGGCAAAAGCUCUGUAAAGAUGGUUUCAUAAUGUGACUGGUCCUGGCUACGGCUCCCUGAGGAGUCCAGUAUUGGACUUUGACUGUGCAUGAAUUUCAGUAGAGGAACAAUGACCUCGCUUAAGGAGGGGCUCUGGAUGACUCUGGAGAAUUUGAAGGAGGAGGAAUUCAAGCAGUUGAAAUGGAUCCUCCAGCAGGCAGACAUAAUGCACACAAUCAUUCCACAUCUUGAAGUCUACCCAGCCAUCCCUGUGACCCGACUGGAGAAGACAGAUAGACAGGACACAGUUGUUCAGAUGGUGCAGUUCUAUGGCCUUCAUGGAGCUCUGGAGGUGACAAGGAAGCUUUUAAUAAAGAUCAACAGAAAUGAUCUGUUGCAGCAAUUACCAAACAUCACCUCAGCACCAAAAGUAGGUGAUGCGACGGCUACGCCUCCUCAGACUGAAGAUUUGAUGGUGCCAGUCCCAAAGCCUCCACAGCCAAUCACAUCAUACCAACAAAUGCUCCAAUCUAAUCUUCAGAACCGGUUUAUGUGUGUACAAGAGGGACUAUCAAAUAUGGAGGAUAAAAAACUUCUGGAUGAUAUUUAUACAGAGCUCUACAUCACAGAUGGAGGCAACAUGGAAAUUAACAGGCAACAUGAGGUCAGGCAGAUUGAGAUGGUGUCAAGAAAGCCAGCAGGAACAGAGAUAUCAAUCAAACCCAGUGAUAUAUUCAAACACCCUUCUGGAAAAUACAGACCCAUAAGAACAGUGCUGACCAAUGGGAUUGCAGGAAUUGGAAAAACAUUCCUCGUGCACAAAUUCAUCUUCGACUGGGCUGACAGACAAAACAAUCAAGAUGUGCAUCUCAUUUUCCCUUUCACCUUCCGCCAGAUGAAUUUACUGAAGGGAAGAAAGUUUUGUCUUGCGAAGCUAAUUCACAAAUGUAUCAGUGAAACCAAAGACAUCAAAGAAGAGGCCCUUAAUUACAUUUUCACAGAACUACAGAAGUCAGGAAACACCAACUAUGACAAGAGUAAAUUUAAACUUCUGUUUGUGUUGGAUGGCCUAGAUGAGAACCGCCUUCAAUUAGACUUCACUGCCAAAGAAAAACAAACACUGGAUGUGACAAAGUCAACUGGGGUAGAACAACUGCUAAUGACUCUCAUUAAGGGAACUCUGCUUCCUUCUGCUCGUCUCUGGAUAACCACACGACCUGCAGCAGCCAAUCAGAUCUCUCUUGAGUUUGUUGACAUGGUGUCAGAAGUGAGAGGGUUCACUGACCCACAGAAGGAGGAAUAUUUCAGGAAGAGAUUCAGUCAUGAUGAGCAUGCCGACUGUAUCAUCUCCCACAUCAAGACAUCACGGAGCCUCCACAUUAUGUGCCACAUCCCGGUCUUCUGCUGGAUCACUGCAGCAGUUCUGGAGGACAUGUUGAAAAACAAUGAGAGAGGAGAGCUGCCCAAGACCCUGACUGAGUUGUACACAGAAUUCCUGGUGUUUCAGAUAAGACAAACAAAAGAGAAAUACGGCACAAAAAAGAGUAUUCAGUACAUUCAGUCACUUGCAAAACUGGCUUUUCAACAGCUUGAGAAAGGAAACCUGAUCUUCUAUGAGAAAGACCUCAAAGAGAGUGGCAUUGAUUUCAAUGAAGCUUCUGUGUGCUCUGGGGUGUUCACACAGAUCUUUAAGAAGGAGUGCUUGAGAAAGAAGGACAAGGAUAAGGGUAGGAUGUUCAGUUUUAUCCAUCUGAGCAUUCAGGAGUUUCUGGCUGCUUUUUAUGUGGAGUUGUCACUCAUUAACAGCAACAAGAAUGUGAUGGCUGAAUCCAAACCAACUUGGAAAAGUCUGGGGAUGCUUUUCAGCAAAACAUCUGCAACAGAGGUCCAUAAGAUUGCUAUCAAUAAGGCCUUAGAGAGCCCAGACGGACACCUGGACUUGUUCCUCCGCUUCCUCUUGGGCCUUUCAUUGCAGAGUAAUCAAGAUCUCCUUGGAGACUUACUGAAACUGAAAAGAAUGAGCUCAAAUAGCAAUCAGGAGACAGUGAAGUACAUCAAGGAAAAGAUCAGGGAGAAUCCCUCUCCAGAGAGAUGCAUCAAUCUGUUUCACUGUCUGACUGAACUGAAUGAUCAUUCUCUAGUGGAGGAGAUCCAACAGUACCUGAAUUCAGGAAAUAUCUCGAAAAGAUAUCUCUCUCCUGCUCAGUGGUCAGCUAUGGUGUUCAUUUUACUGUCAUCAGAAGAACAGCAUGAUGUGUUUGACCUAAAGAAAUACUGUGCUUCAGAGGAGGGUUUUCUGAGGCUGCUGCCAGUGUUUGGAACCUCCAUUACGUACCUGCUGAGUGGCUGUGAUCUGUCAGAGAGAAGCUUUAAAGCUCUGGCCACAAUUCUCACCUCCAAACCAUCUCAUCUGAGAGAGCUGGAUCUGAACAGCAACAUCCCAGAUGAUUCAGGAGUGAAGCUGCUCUCUGUGGGACUUGAGAGUCCUCAUUGUAGACUGGAAACUCUCAAGUUGAGUGACUGUAACCUCUCAGAGAGAAGCUGUGAAAGCCUGGCCUCAGUUCUCAGCUCCCAGUCUAAUCUGCGAGAGCUGCACCUCAGUAACAAUGACCUCCAAGACUCAGGAGUGAAGCUGCUCUCUGCUGGACUCAAGUCCCCACAAUGUAGACUAGAAACUCUCAGGCUGAAUUUGUGCAAGCUGUCCUGGAUGAGCUGUGAAGCUCUGGCCUCAGCUCUAAGCUCACAGGCCUCCUGUCUGAGAGAACUGGAUCUGAGUAACAAUGACCUGCAGGAUUCAGGGGUGAAGCUGAUUUCUGUUGGACUGGAGAGUCCACACUGUAGACUGGAAACUCUAAGGUUGUCAGGCUGUCAGGUCACAGAGGAAGGCUGUGCUUCUUUGGCCUCAGCUCUAAGCUCCAACCCCUCCCAUCUGAGGGAGCUAGACCUGAGCUACAAUCAUCCAGGAGACUCAGGAGUUAUGCUGCUUUCUGCUGGACUGCAGGAUCCACAGUGGAGACUGGACACUCUCAGGGUGGACCAUGGUGGAGUGUGCUGGUUGAAAUCUAGUCUGAAGAAGUAUGCAUGUGAACUCACACUGGAUCCAAACACAGCACACAGAGGCCUUAUCCUGUCUGACAACAACAGAAAAGUGACACAGGGGAGCGAGCAGCCAUAUCCAGAUCACCCUGAAAGAUUUGAUGGCUGGUUUCAGCUGCUGUGUAGAGAGGGUCUGACCAGCCGCUGUUACUGGGAAGUUGAGUGGGAAGGAAGGAACUGGAUUGCAGUGACUUACAGAGGAAUCAGCAGGAGCGGAGAAACUGUUGACUGCUGUCUUGGAGGGAAUGAAAAGUCCUGGAGUCUGGAGUGCACUACCGAGGGGUACUACACUUGCCACAAUGAAACUUCAUUAGGCCUGUGGUACCAUCCCCUUAGCACUACCAGAGUAGCAGUGUAUCUGGACUGGCCUGCAGGCACUCUGUCCUUCUACAGAGUCGAGCCUGACACACUGUCUCACCUCUACACCUUCUACUCCCGAUUCACUGAACCCCUUUACCCUGGCUUCCGGAUUGGAUUAGAAUGCUCACUGACACUGUGUCAAAUGGAGGAAGGAGAGACGCCACUUGUUUGAAGAAUUUAAAACUUAUGCUGACUGAGGACAGCUCCUCAAAUGAAUAGUUCGACAUUCAUUUUGAGAGUUUUAGGGAAAUAAACCCAAGCAGCGGUCAAUAACUUAGUGAUGUAGUGAUGAUCCUCAGGCUUAUUUGGUGAACUGCUGUAGCUGGCAGUAAAUAGAUCCAAGAGUUUCUCUCUAUUUUGUCUUGACUGUUCUGUUUAUUUUCCCCUGUCAUUUUGCUCACCAUUGCACACCUUUUUGUUCAAUAAAAAGUUACUGAAGAGGGAAAAUAAAGCUUCUAGAGCUAACAAGCUUCCUAACAGCCAGUUAGCAAACUUGUUUGUUCAGUCACUAACAGGACAAUAACUUCACACACAUAUGUACAUAUGUACCAUGGACUCAGCUGUUUCAUAACUACUGAGACAAACAACUACUACAAACAACAACAAGAUGGCUUGCUGGUGGACAACUACUGGCACAAAUUUGCAGGUCAAACUUCAUUAAAAUUGAACUUGAUGUGAAAAUUCUGCACGUCUUUACUUCCCCCGCAAGAUAACAAAAAACCCACAUGCAUUUGCACUGUGGACCUUUAGAGUUAUCUAUAAUUCUUCAGUUUUUGCUGUAGUCUGCUGACAUACACAGUGUUGGAAAAUAAUUAAAUACAUUUACUCAAGUACUGUACUGAAGUUCAAUUUGGAAGUAUUUUACUUGGGUAAUUUCAUUAAAUGCUACUUCAUACUCUUACUGUAUAUUUUGAUGCUAAUAUAUAUGUAAUUUUACUUGAGUAACAUUUUGACUGCUUGUAACAGAGUACUUAAACACCGUGAUUACACUGUGGUAUUGCAACUUUUACUUUUAAGUAAAAGUUUUGAGUACUUCAUGUUGAGCACACAUAUACUACACCCUGUACAUGUGCGAGCAAUUUAAAAUGUCAGCCCCAUGUUGAAAAAUGAAAAUAAAUUUUUUAGAUUUUUCCCCUGCCUGAUAUAUUUGUAUUUAUUCAUAUGUAUUUAUCAUUUUUCAGUUCACUAUGAUUUGUGUCAACCUCUAACAGUUUAAAAAUCCAGCAAAACACUGCGGUGUGUGAGCAAAUACAGGAAAUUCCAGCCUGUCAAACCUGACUGCAGCAGCGGUUAUCUUCUGUGUCAUCAUUUUUGCUGUUAUAUGUGUAAAACUUUCAGAGCAUUACUCUGCCAGGAAUCAAUUUUUAUAGCAUUGAGGAAUACUCAAAAUGUUCCUUUUGGAGUCAAUCUUUGAAAAAUUGUAACUUCAUUUUUAUAGCCAUGUCAGUUACAACCAACGUCACAUGAAUUUGCCCAAUGAAAGUUAAGUGGGAUUCUGUUAGUUACCUGACUAACAACUUAGGAAUUCAUAUACAUCUUUAGGAAAGGAAAAUCAGUAUAUUUUGGACUAACCCUGGGAUUCACCUUGGAUCUCUAUGCAGUGUGGAAUUCACCACAGGUAACUGAAGGCAGUGACUAGAUAGGCAUGAAUCAUAAAAGCUUUGGCUUCUGGUUUACAAGUUAGACUGGUUUCAUGUCAUUCAGAUUAUGUCAUGUGGUGAACACAGAUGCCAAGGACUACAAUAAUGUCUAAACAACAUGCUUCUCAACCGCAUGGUGAAAUGUUUCUUUGAUGUGAUUUGGACAGCUUUUGAGGUAUGUUAACGUUUAAUGAAUAAGCUAGAACUGUAUUGUAUGUACAAUACAUUUUCCAUUGAGUUAGAGAGGAGACAACAGGUCUGCUGUGUUAAGAUCUCACAAGAAAUUGAGGAGUUAAAUUUCAUGUGUUAAUGAGAACCUUCACAUAUCUCACUCUACAAAGAUUUGAUUUAACUUUGGGGUGAAUGAAAUCUGGUUGGUGCUAAAACACAGUGCUACAGUUCUUUUCAGUUGUUCAGUUGUUAUCAUGGUGAUUUUUAACUCCCUGAAAUCUAACUAUCAACUCCUACCUGGGGGUGAGUGUUAAUUGGUAAAUCCCCUCCCUCACCAUGGAACAAAACUACAUGAAUUAAACCACA